AAUAAUGGAGGACUGUCUUUUCCACCCGGACUGAUGAUGUCUGUAUUUCUACUCUACUACCUACUCUGAGAAAAAAACAACAGCAACUCGUCUUCAUUUCAGCGUGCAGUUGAAGCCCAAGAAAGAAACCCAAGAUGACUACAGACACGCCGGCCCAAAGCGUGGGCUCCAGGAUCAUGACUUUCACCCCCUCCAAAGAGGAGUUCAAGGACUUCAGCCGGUACAUUGCCUAUAUGGAGUCACAAGGAGCACACAAAGCUGGGAUGGCAAAAGUUAUUCCACCCAAAGGCUGGAAACCCAGACAGACGUAUGACGAUAUCGAUGACCUGGUGAUCCCUGCUCCCAUUCAGCAGGUGGUGACCGGUCAGUCAGGACUGUUCACCCAGUACAACAUCCAGAAGAAGCCCAUGACUGUCCACGAGUUCCGCAAGACCUCCAACAUGGACAAGUUCAGCAAUCCCAGAUACGUUGAUUUUGACGAGCUGGAGAGGAAGUUUUGGAAGAACCUGACCUUCAACCCUCCCCUUUAUGGGGCCGAUGUCAGCGGGACUCUGUAUGAUCCAGAUGUGACAGAGUGGAACAUCGGCCGCCUCAACACCAUUCUGGACACCGUGGAGAACGAGAGCGGGAUCAAGAUCAAAGGGGUCAACACACCAUACCUGUAUUUCGGGAUGUGGAAGAGUGCCUUUGCAUGGCACACGGAGGACAUGGAUCUGUACAGCAUCAACUACCUGCACUUUGGAGAGCCUAAGUCCUGGUACAUCGUCCCACCAGAGCAUGGGAAAAGACUGGAACGACUUGCCAAAGGUUUCUUUCCAGGGAACGCUCAGGGCUGCGAGGCCUUCCUGCGCCACAAGAUGACUUUGAUUUCACCCUCAAUCCUGAAAAAAUAUGGCAUACCAUUUGAGAAGGUUACUCAGGAGGCCGGGCAGUUCGUCGUGUCUUUCCCAUUUGGUUACCAUGCCGGUUUCAACCACGGGUUCAACUGUGCCGAGUCAACCAACUUUGCCACCCAGCGAUGGAUUGAUUACGGCAAACAGGCGACACUGUGUACCUGCCGUCAGGACAUGGUGAAGAUCUCCAUGGACGUGUUCGUACGCAAAUUUCAGCCCGACCGCUACAAGCUGUGGAAGGCAGGGAAGGACAACGCUCCCAUCGACCACUCCAAACCCACACCGGAGGCUGCUGGGUUUCUGAAAGAAGAAGACAAGAGCGAGCCUCCAAAAGAGACUCCCAGUGAAGCUGUGUCCGAGGAGCCCAGCACUCCUGUCCAGGAGGACAAAAGUCCAAAGCCUCAGACUGGGACGAAGCGUCAGCUCGAAGCUAUAGAAGCCUCAGAAGACAUCAAACCCGAGGUGACGGUGAAGGAGACGGAGACGGAGCCAAAGAAGGCCAGGCUGUCACGCAAGCAGUCUCCAACUAAAGUCAAGCCAGAUAAAGACACAGUGAAAGUCAAGACAGAGCCCAAGAAGGACAAAGACACCAAGCCUCAGCCUAAAUCUCAGUCCAGAGCCAGCAGUAAGAAGACUUCAAACAGACAAAGCGCGUCAAAAAAAGAGAAGAACGGCGUGUCAGCAGUAGAGCUGUGUCCUCCUGAGCCCGUCGAGAGACGGGCAGCGGCCCCCUGCUCCGAGGAGGAGGAGCCUCAGCGGGGCAGCAGCUGCGGCCCGGCUCACAAGCUGUUCCAGAGGACGCUGAGCCCUGCGGACGUCCUGCACGUUCACAGCUACGCCAAAGGAGACUACGGGGAAGGAGAGGCCCCACACAAGGAGGAGAAGAAUAAUAGCGAGGACAGUGACGACGAGAUGGAGAAAGACAGCAGACAUGUUGGCAAAGCACAGGUGGCAGAGGAGGUGGCAGGAGACGGAGAGCCAGAGAGUGAUCUGGGGCAGCUGCCAGGCCACCAUCCGCUCAUAAAAGACGGCAUGAGUGAUGAAGAGGCUCUAGAGGAGGCCCCCCCAGUGCAGGAGGGUGGUCUGGAAGGGGAGAGCUGGGCCAAACCUCUGGCUCACCUGUGGCAGAACAGACCCCCCAACCUGAAGAAAGAGAGGGUGUACAACCAGCGCAUGGGAUCCAAAGCUCCAUACUGCUCCAUCUGCACCCUGUUCCACACCUACCAGCAGACUGAAUGUGCGAGCGGCGUGGACGGUCCCGUCACGGUGGCCGGUGGGCGGAUGCGGACCAAGCCUCUGAUCCCGGAGAUGUGCUUCACCACCACCACGGAGGAGGACUCCGAGUGUGAGGAGCAUCCCGUCACACCUCACCUGGAGGAGGACGGAACCAGCCUCCUCAUCAGCUGCUCUCAGUGCAGCAUCCGGGUUCACACCAGCUGUUACGGUGUUGAUCCUGCCAGCGUGAGCAAGGAGUGGAAAUGUGCGCGCUGCAAGGCCAACGCCAUGACCGAGAAUUGCUGUUUGUGUUCGCUGAGAGGUGGAGCAUUGCAGAAAGCCAACAACAACAAGUGGGUACAUGUGCUGUGUGCAGUGGCUGUGCUGGAGGCCCGCUUUGUUAACAUCACUGAAAGAAGUCCUGUGGAUUUAAGUGGAAUCCCUUUGCAGAGAUUUAAACUGAAAUGUUACUACUGUAAGAAGAGGAUGAAGAAGGCGUCCGGCUGCUGCGUGCAGUGCUCCCACGGCCGCUGUCCCACCGCCUACCACCCCACCUGUGCCCAGGCUGCCGGAGUGCUCAUGCAGCCUGACGAAUGGCCCUUUGUGGUGCACGUCACCUGCUGUCGACACAAAGGCCCCACUCAGAUUGAGCGCAAUAAAGCAGCCAUGCACGAGCUGACCGUGGGACAGAAGGUGAUAUGCAAGCACAAGAACGGCCGCUACUACCAGUGUGACGUGGUGCAGCUGUCCAAAGAGACGUUCUACGAGGUCAACUUUGAUGAUGGUUCCUUCAGUGACAAUCUCUUCCCCGAAGACAUUGUGAGCAGAGACUGUGCUCAGCUCGGACCACCACCCCAGGGUGACGUGGUUCAGGUGCGAUGGACGGACGGCCUGGUGUAUGGGGCCAAAUUUGUGGCUGCGCAUGCCAUCCACAUGUACCUGGUGGAAUUCGAGGACGGGUCACAGCUAACAGCCAAGAGAGACGACGUCUACUCUCUGGAUGAAGAACUCCCCAAGAGAGUCAAAUCCAGACUGUCUAAAGCGUCGGACAUGAGAUUUGACGGCAUUUUUGAAGAGAAGGAGAUCAUCAAGCAGUCAAAGAGGCAGAGAGUGAUCAACUCACGUUACAGGGGGGACUACAUAGAACCUGUGAUUUACAGAGCCAUCAUGGAGUAGCCUUUGCGCCCGGU